CCGCGGUUGUUGGAAUGGACUUGCAACUCGUUUGCUUCCAAGGUCAUUACCAUCACAAUGCGGCUCUCUCUGAAUCUCGCUUGCCAGUGCCAAGCAACGACAUUCGCUUCCUUGCCACACACUUUUCUCAGGAUCGUCUUCUCCAACCUUACAGCGCACGUUCCGAGGAUGCCAUUACAUAUCCACGGUCUGAUUCAGCGAGCAUCGUGACCGCCUAUAUCGAGUGCCUCCAUAUCAAGGCCUCGCAACGUCUUCCCUGGCUUUCUCCGAUUCCCUGCUGAAGAGCUUGCGAAACAACUCGCAAUGCACGGUAUCGCCAUCGCGUUCUCGCUCUCUCUUCUUGCCUCUCUGGUGGCAGCGGUGGCGGUAGAAGAGCCUGUGGGCGUACUGGCCAAACAAUGCGACUUCACCUUGGGUGGCAGGCGCUUCGACAUGUGUCCCGUGUUCGAAGGGAAAGACAGAGGCUGGACAGUCAGCCGAGAGCAACAGACCCCGCCCACCAUCACGAAGACGGAGUACAGGAUCUCGUUCCAGGGGCCUCUCAAGAGGAACAGGAAGAUUGCUAGCUAUGAACAAUGUCCGGAUGGGACCUGGAUAUGCAAGACGGUCACGAACACGCGGCCUAAGCACGACGGUGAGGAGCCGCGUGUAUUGCAAGUCAUAUCUGUCGCAGGCGAGCUGUCCAUAUCUGACGAUGAAUCUGGAUCGGGCGCGAGCGAGUACGUGCCGGGGCUCAACAUAACGGCAAAGCUCGUCCCUGCAGACACAGAGACCAAGCACGACAUCUUGCAUCUCCAUCUGCACGGUGGAUACUACACGCGUCUGCAGCAGAAGGCCGACUUCCAGUUCAUCUGCGACCAUAACGCUGAAGAGCCUACAUCGCCCACUAUUGGAUGGGACUGGAGGGGCACACACACGUUUGAAUGGCGCACAAAACACGCAUGUGGUCAGGCGAUGUCAGCACCGCCUCCGAACGAGCCGGUGUCUCCUACACAACCACCGCCGGAUGACGACGCGCCGCCAAAGGACGUUGAAGACGAUGAUACCCCCGGCGAGAAGAAGCUGCUCGAUCCGGGCUUCUUCGGUGGGCGCUCUCGCCGUUCCGUCGUCACGAUGUUCGCCUCUGCCUCUCUGAUCUGCGCGAUCGUGUUUCUCGUGUACUUCCCGCCGCGGCGACUUCGACGCUUUCUCACGUCGUACGUCAAGGCGCACCCCCGGGUGAUGCGCUCGCACGUUGGCGAGCGCGUGCUCGUCCGGUGGGCGCGUGAGGACUUUGCGAUCGGCCCGGGAGAGGAGGACGUGAUGAUCAAUGCCGAGGCGGCGGCGUUGGCUGAACAGAUCCCCCUCAAACCUGCGCCGCGGAGGCCUGUCGUCUCCAACUACCAGUACGGCAGCGCCAUUUAGGCUCAUCGCGCGAUUGAUCUUUCGUUUUCUCCGAAUGCUUAUCCUGUGUACUCUGAGAGCAUCGUGUCCACUCACGAAUUGUUUCACGUUUCCUCAUACUAACGCUCGCUGUUGAGUCCUGAUCUCGUCGACCUUGUUAUAUGAAUGUAGACUAGCUGCUUUAGAUGUAAGUUGUAGCUUGACGUACUGCAGAUUCAUGAUGGGACAAAUGCCGCGCAAACUGGUGCUUCCGGUUGCCGUGUUGAGUAGAACUUUGAAUCAAUGGUAGUAUACGUAAAUUAAGUCUGUUAGACCUUCCCAUCUUCGUGUGUACAACGGUCAUUACAUACACAUAGCGUUCGCUGCUGCACCGCGACUCACUUAGGCUCAACGCUCGACUUGAUUUGUUCCAGGUUUCUUCGUUUCGCCUCCUGCAGUUCGCUACAAU